UUCUCAUUACAAAGUGGAGCUGUACUGCGCAUGUCUGGCCCGCUGACGACGCUGCGCCCUGCACCGCAGCGCUGAGAUUAGCGACCUUUCUCAGCUAUUUUGUGUUAAUUUUCCGCUCUGUGUUUCAGCAAGAUACCUGCUGAGGAGGGGGACUCUCAACAAUGGCAGACAUCAAAAACUAUCUGUAUGCCUGGUGCGGAAAGAAAAAAUUAACACCAAACUAUGACAUACGAGCAGCUGGGAAUAAAAACAGACAAAAGUUCCUGUGUGAGGUACGUGUUGAUGGUUUUAAUUACACUGGAAUGGGAAACUCCACCAACAAGAAAGAUGCCCAGUCUAAUGCUGCCAGGGACUUUGUGAAUUAUCUUGUCCGUAUUGGUGAGAUGAGUGCUUCUGAAGUCCCUGCUUUAGGGGCCAGUGUUCCAGAUGUACCUGAUUGCAGCAGUUCAGAAGGUGGUGGGUUUGGAAGUCUCCCACCAAAUGGCCCCUUACCACCACAUUUAGUUGUGAAGAACGAGUCAGGGCCUGACCAGAGCUCUGCUCCGGUUCCUGGUGUGACUGGACUGGGCUAUUCGGGUUUUGGCAACUCUCAGUGGGAGCGAGGGGCCAACCUGCAGGACUACUAUUCCAGGAAAGAGGAACAGGAUGCAAAAGCUACUCUGGAGUCAGAGGAGGUAGAUUUAAAUGCUGGACUUCAUGGCAAUUGGACACUGGAAAAUGCCAAGGCUCGACUGAACCAGUUUUUCCAGAAGGAGAAAAUCCAAACAGACUACAAAUACAGUCAAGUGGGACCUGACCACAACAGGAGCUUCAUUGCUGAAAUGACCAUCUUCGUACGACAGCUAGGAAGAAAGAUCUUUGCUCGUGAGCACGGCUCCAAUAAGAAGCUAGCAGCACAGUCAUGCGCUCUCUCCCUGGUUCGACAGCUGUACCACCUGGGUGUCUUUGAGGCUUUUACAGGGCAGACAAAGAAGAAAGAAGGAGAGACGGUGGAAGAGUAUGAAGUGAAUGUCAAUGACGACUUCAGGCACCAACUACAGGGCGUCGUCCAGGAGCUUGGCGUCCACAUUCCUCCACCUGAUCCUAGUGGCCCAGUGUCUCUGAUCCAGGGGAAGAUGGCUCAUUUUGAGCCGUCGCAGAGGCAGAGCUUGGCAGGUGUGGUUCCCUGGUCUCCCCCUCAAGUCAACUGGAACCCAUGGACCAGCUCCAAUAUUGAUGAGGGUCCUCUGGCAUUUUGCACCCCAGAGCAGAUCAGCACAGACCUGCAGCAGGAGCUCAAUUAUCAGCUGGAGCAUGACCAGAACCUUCAUAAGAUGAUACAGGACAGAGAGCAGCUCCCAGUGAAGAAGUUUGAGGAAGAAAUCAUGAAUGCCGUUCACAAGAAUCCAGUGGUGAUCAUCCGUGGAGCCACGGGUUGUGGCAAAACCACGCAGGUGCCACAGUACAUUCUGGACGAGUUUCUUCAUGCCGGCCGGGCCUCAGAAUGCAACAUUGUCGUCACUCAGCCUCGACGAAUCAGUGCUGUGUCAGUGGCUGAGAGAGUGGCGUUCGAGAGAGGCGAGGAAGUGGGGAAAAGCUGUGGCUACAGUGUGCGCUUUGAGUCCAUCUUGCCCAGGCCACAUGCUAGCAUCCUCUUCUGCACUGUUGGUGUGCUCCUGAGGAAGCUGGAAGCUGGUAUUCGAGGAAUCAGUCAUGUAAUAGUGGAUGAAAUCCACGAGAGAGACAUUAAUACUGACUUCCUAAUGGUGGUGUUGAGGGACGUGGUCCAGGCUUUCCCAGAUGUUCGCAUUAUUCUCAUGUCUGCCACCAUCGACACCACCAUGUUCAGAGAGUACUUCUUCAACUGUCCUGUUAUAGAAGUGUUUGGACGCACAUAUCCUGUGCAAGAAUAUUUCCUGGAGGAUUGCAUUCAGAUGACACAGUUUGUGCCUCCUCCAAUGGACAGGAAGAAAAAAGACAAAGAUGAGGAAGGUGGUGAGGAGGAGGUGAACUGUAAUUUGAUCUGUGGGCCAGACUACGGUCCGGAGACCAAGCGUUCCAUGGCCCAGUUAAAUGAGAAGGAGACACCAUUUGAGCUGAUGGAGGCCCUGCUGAAGUAUAUUGAGACGCUGCAGGUUCCAGGAGCAGUGCUGGUGUUUCUGCCUGGGUGGAAUCUGAUCUACUCUAUGCAGAAACACCUGGAGAUGAAUCCACACUUUGGAAGCAGCCGAUACAUGGUCUUGCCACUCCACUCUCAGAUCCCCAGAGAGGAGCAGAGGCGGGUGUUUGAACCUGUACCUGAUGGAGUGACAAAGGUCAUUUUGUCUACAAAUAUUGCAGAGACCAGUAUCACUAUCAAUGAUGUAGUCUAUGUAAUUGACUCCUGCAAACAAAAGGUGAAGCUCUUUACUUCCCACAACAACAUGACCAAUUACGCCACAGUGUGGGCUUCCAAGACCAACCUGGAGCAGAGGAAGGGGCGAGCUGGACGUGUUCGGCCAGGCUUCUGUUUCCACCUUUGCAGCCGAGCGCGCUUCGACAAACUGGAGACCCACAUGACUCCAGAGAUCUUCCGAACUCCGCUGCAUGAAGUGGCUCUGAGUAUUAAGCUGCUCAGGCUGGGUGGUAUUGGACAGUUUCUUUCCAAAGCUAUUGAGCCUCCUCCACUGGACGCUGUCAUAGAAGCUGAACACACACUCCGAGAGCUGGAUGCCUUGGACUGUAACGAUGAGCUAACCCCCCUUGGACGCAUCCUGGCAAAAUUGCCCAUUGAGCCUCGUCUGGGAAAGAUGAUGAUCAUGGGCUGCAUCUUGAAUGUGGGAGAUGCAGUGUGCACCAUUUCUGCAGCUUCUUGUUUUCCUGAGCCCUUCAUCAGUGAGGGCAAACGUCUGGGCUAUGUUCACAGAAACUUUGCAGGCACACGAUUCUCUGACCACGUGGCUUUGCUUUCAGUUUUUCAAGCCUGGGAUGAAGUCAGGAUGGGUGGUGAAGAAGCAGAAACCAGAUUCUGUGAACAUAAGCGUCUGCACAUGUCGACCUUGAGGAUGACCUGGGAAGCUAAGGUUCAGCUGAAGGAUAUCCUCAUCAAUUCAGGCUUUCCUGAAGAGUGUCUUAUGAACCAGAUAUUUAACAAUGUGGGGCCAGACAACAACCUUGACGUGGUGAUCACCCUCCUGACCUUUGGCUCCUAUCCGAAUGUCUGUUACCACAAGGAAAAGAGGAAGAUCUUGACCACUGAAGGAAGAAACGCACUCAUCCACAAGUCUUCCGUUAACUGUCCCUUCAGCAGUCAAGACAUGAAGUACCCAUCACCUUUCUUCGUCUUCGGAGAAAAGAUUCGAACCCGAGCAAUCUCAGCCAAAGGAAUGACUAUGGUCAGCCCCCUUCAGCUGAUUCUGUUUGCCUCUAAGAAAAUCACGUCCACUGGGGAUGUUGCGGAGCUUGAUGACUGGAUCAAGCUUCGGAUUCCACACGAAGUGGCUGGUGGCAUAGCUGCACUCAGGGCUGCGAUGGAGGCUCUAGUGGUGGAGGUGACCAAAGACCCAGAAUACAUUCGGAAUAUUGAUCCUACCAACGAACGCCUCCUCAACAUCAUACGUCUUCUGUCCAGACCUGCUUCAGCUGGACUCAACCUUAUGGCCAACAAUCCACGCUUUGGAGAUGGCCCACGACCACCAAAGAUGUCUCGGAUGGAUGGAGAUGGAGGGUUUCGAGGGCGUGGAGGGUACCAGGGUGGUGGUGGUUACAGGGGAGGAUAUGGAGGAGGAAGGGGUGGAGGAUACAGAGGAGGUGGAGGAUACGGAGGUGGUGGUGGAGGAGGAUACCGUGGAGGAUACAGGGGGUCAGGGGGGUAUGGAGGUGGUGGUGGAGGAGGAGGAUACAGGGGGUCUGGUGGGUACCGUGGUGGUGGAGGAGGUGGAGGUGGAUAUGGGGGAGGUCGAGGAUUUAAUAGAGGUGGAUAUGGAGGAUUUUAGGGAGACUUCUGAGCACAGGCCUACAGAUAAAAGGGUUUUUUAUUGGAGUUUGUCAUUUUUAUUUAAUUUUUUUCCCUGGUUUUUGAGUCAUUUUCAUUAAUAUUCUGGUAUGUUUGUGAUGCAGUUAGUUAUAUACAUGUAAACUUCCCUGUCUGCUAGAUUUACAUUUGUGUUUAAUAUGGGGCAGAAACUGGCAGUAAUGAGUAAGAAAAUGAAAAAAAAAAAAAAACAACUGUUGAUUGGUUUUUCCAGGGAAUAAUUUUGUAGUUCUGGGGCAGAGACAGUUUAGAAUACAUUACAGAAAAUAGCUGUACACUCUCCAGCAGUUUUUUUUUUUUUUUCCUUCUAUUCUCCUCCACCUUUCCUUUAUUUCUCUAAGAUGCACACAGUAUUUGUGCAUGGUAUUCAUAAAUGACAUGUAUGUUGUCAAAUUCUUUUCGAUUUUAACUGAUUAUGCGUAACUGUAACAUGUUGACCUGUUGGAAAGAAAUGGUGCGCACACAAAUAAAAACAUUCCUAUCUUUGCUGCAUGAAAUGCAA